AUGAAGGCUUCUUUCAUCACCGCCCUGCUAGCUCAGGCUUUCGCUGUAAAUGCACUCGAGAAAUACUGUAACGGUGGACAAGGUCUCGACGCUGCACUUACAUGUGAGGGAAAGGGAGCCAACUCGUAUUGCUGCAAAAACACUCAGUCGGCAGAUUUCCCGACGUUCCGAGGAGCAUGCUUCUCCCCGCAGAACGCGAGAGACCGGGAAGAUGCCUCGCAGUCCUGCACCGGAGGUUCUGUUUACUGUUGCGACUAA